AUGGACAUAGAUUAUGCUAUAAGGAAAGAUGAACCACAUAAGAUCAUUGAUACCAACACACUUGAAGAAAUAUUAUUGUACGAACACUGGGAGAAAUCUAAUCGCCUUAGCGUGAUGUACAUUAAGACAAAAAUCAGUGCUGGUAUACGUGGUUCAAUCGAGCAACAUGAGAAUGUCUGUGAAUUGCUAAAGGCUAUUGGCGAGCAAUUCGUCACUUCAGAUAAAGCCUUGGCAAGCACCCUAAUUAUGAAGUUCACAUCCCUGAAGCUCACCGGUAUAAGAGGUGUGCGUGAACAUAUCAUGGAGAUGAGGGACAUUGUGGCUCAAUUGAAGAAACUCGAGAACCCUCUCCCAGACUUAACUGGCGCACCUUUUAAGUGCGCCAAGGAAAAGAAAGAGUUGUGGCUCAACCCCAUCAAGGAUUGA